AUGUCAGAGAUAAAUUGUAUCGCGAAGCAGGCUAAUUAUAUAGCAGGUGUCGAAUUUCAGGACUUGAGGCUUGACGUUACCCAUCGUUACUUGGAGCAAGAGGCGAGUGAGAUUCAGAUCGCGGGUACUUAUGUUGCCACGAGAAAGGCCCAAGGCCUAGAACUUUAUGACGACACCAGCCAUUCUCGUUGGCUUUUUGUGGCACAAACUCUCACUGUGGGGAUGAGCCAAUGUCUUCGCGGUGAAAAUGUAGAGAAAAUGCAAGGAUUUUUACCAAAAUUCAUCAAAAAUCCUGGGCACGAAUUUUAA